ACAUUGUGUGGAAGAAGCUCAAGAAGCCCAGGCAUCCAGUCUCCCACCCCGCUAGGCUCCAGAUUCUUUCCAAGAACACAUACGUCUUGGCCACAUUUGGGAUCCAAGCGUCUUUUUUACCAGCCACAAAGAGGCAGAUCAAGAUGCAGAAAAGAAACAUUUGCCUUAUGUACUGGUUGCUGUUGCAUCUCCUACUUUUGGAAUAUGGCAUAACCUCCGUUAGUGGGAGCACACCUAGCCCAACUUCCAGUGAACCCACCACAGCCAACACUGGAUCCAGUGCAACCUCCAGUGGGACUAGGACAGCCUCCAACACUAUAGCCAGCACGACCUAUGGUGGUACCAGCACAGCCACCAACUCUGGAUCUCAAGUGACCUCCAGUGGAUCCAGCACAACCUCCAAUACUGAAACCAGCAUGACCUCUGGAGGGACCAGCGCAACUUCCAAUACUGGAUCCAGCCUGACCUCUGGAGGAACCAGCACACCUGUCAACACUGGAUCCAGCGCAACCUCUGGGGGGACCAGUACAGCCUCCAAUACUGGAUCCAGCCUGACCUCUGGAGGGAGCAGCGCAACCUCCAACACUGGAUCCAGCACAACCCCUGGGGGGACCAGCACAGCCUCCAAUACUGGAUCCAGCAUGACCUCUGGAGGGACCAGCACAACCUCCAAUACUGGAUCUAACCUGACCUCUGGAGGGACCAGCACACCUGUCAACACUGGAUCCAGCACAACCUCCAGUGGGACUAGGACAGCCUCCAACACUAUAGCCAGCACGACCUAUGGUGGUACCAGCACAGCCACCAACUCUGGAUCCCAAGUGACCUCCGGUGGAUCCAGCACAACCUCCAAUACUGAAACCAGCAUGACCUCUGGAGGGACCAGCACACCUGUCAACACUGGAUCCAGUGCAACCUCCAGUGGGACUAGGACAGCCUCCAACACUAUAGCCAGCACGACCUAUGGUGGUACCAGCACAGCCACCAACUCUGGAUCCCAAGUGACCUCCAGUGGAUCCAGCACAACCUCCAAUACUGAAACCAGCAUGACCUCUGGAGGGACCAGCGCAACUUCCAAUACUGGAUCCAGCCUGACCUCUGGAGGAACCAGCACACCUGUCAACACUGGAUCCAGUGCAACCUCUGGGGGGACCAGCACAGCCUCCAAUACUGGAUCCAGCCUGACCUCUGGAGGGAGCAGCGUAACCUCCAACACUGGAUCCAGCACAACCCCUGGGGGGACCAGCACAGCCUCCAAUACUGGAUCCAGCCUGACCUCUGGAGGAACCAGCACACCUGUCAACACUGGAUCCAGCGCAACCUCUGGGGGGACCAGCACAGCCUCCAAUACUGGAUCCAGCCUGACCUCUGGAGGGACCAGCACAACCUCCAAUACUGGAUCUAGCCUGACCUCUGGAGGGACCAGCACACCUGUCAACACUGGAUCCAGCACAACCUCCAGUGGGACUAGGACAGCCUCCAACACUAUAGCCAGCACGACCUAUGGUGGUACCAGCACAGCCACCAACUCUGGAUCCCAAGUGACCUCCAGUGGAUCCAGCACAACCUCCAAUACUGGAUCCAGCCUGACCUCUGGAGGGACCAGCGCAACCUCCAAGACUGGAUCCAGCACAACCCCUGGGGGGACCAGUACAGCCUUCAAUACUGGAUCCAGCGUGACCUCUGGUGAGACCAGCACACCUGCCAAUAUUGGUUCCAGUAUGACCUCCAGUGAGACCAGCAUAACCUCCAGUACUGGAUCCAGCACAACCUCCAGUGGGACCACCACGGCCUCCAACACUGGACCCAGUGCAACUGCAGGAGGCUCUGGUACACCCUUGACAACUGGAGUAAUCACAAUUUCCAACAGUACUAGCACAAGUGCUGGAACUACAGUGAAUGAAGGGCCCAGUGGGUCCCUGAAGCCAUGGGAAAUCUUCCUCAUCUCUCUGGUCUCGGUUACAGUGGCUGUGGGAUUCUUUGUUGGGCUCUACUUCUGUGUGGUGAGUGCCUAAUAUAUAGGAAAUUGCCUGGGGGGAAGGAAUAGGGAACAUAGGGAAAUAAGGUAUGAAUAGUAGGGCCACCAAGUUAGGGAUGAGUAGGGAGGAAAGAAAAAUCAGGAGAAAGUUACGAAAGAGACAUAGCAAGUUAGAACCAGAGGAGCCAAUCAAUGUGCAGAGGAAGCUAUUGACUUGUGGGAAAGGGGAGCAAAAGAAGAAAUAAAGACUGGUGGAAGGACUGCUGAAUGAGGGAAAUGGUUUAAAGGGGGAGAAGAUUCCAGAAGGAGUCCCUGGUGAAGGCUUCUCGGGAGUGGAGGAGACUCCAAUUCUGAAAUGAUUCUGCCUUCUUUUUCUAGAGAAACUCCCUGUCCCUGAGAAAUGUCUUUGACACAGCUGUCUAUCCACUCCAUGGCCCAAACCUCGGCCCAGGCCCUGGAGGGAAUCACACAGUCCACCACCGGUCUAGGUGGAGCCCUAAUGGAUUCUGGAGGAGACCGGUAUCCUCAGUGGCCAUGGAGCUGAGAGAGAGCCACAAUGGGCUCUAAGUGGCUGCUGAAGCCAGAGAGCCACAUUUCUCACAGAGGAAGCCAGCCUGGGGGACCAGAGAUCUGAGUGUCCUUUCAUUCGUCCCCAGGAGUCCCCUCCCAGCUUUGUUUGGGUCUCUGCCAGUAUUGGGAAAGACACUUCCUCCCUCUCUCUUGCUUUUGCCAGACACUGGAAAGAGGAGACUCUGCUGGUCAUUUAGCUAAGAAAUAAACACAUACAAACUGUAUCACAGAGAGAA